AACUUGCUCCUGAAAUGCUCGCUCUUUACACGGUUCUUUCGUGUACUCGCUGGCCAGGAAGUGCUGUCUCUCUAGUAUAAUUGGCUGCAUCGACCACACGUUUUUCGGUUUGCUGGGUGUUCGUACGUUUGCUUGCUGAAUAGAAUGAGAAUUGUGCAUCUGGGGUGCAUUUUAUUUCGCAGAAAGUUGGCGAGUUGGGAAAAAUGUUUGACCUCGAAAUGAUCGGUGGAAGAAUUAGUCGACGGGAAAGCAAAAUGAAAUGCAAUUGACGCGUAGUUUUCCAAUCACAAGAAAGGCAAAAGUAUUUGACUAUUCAAAGACUUUAUAUAUGGACCAUAUGAUAUGACUGGAGCAUGCCGUUAAGAAAGGAGAGCCGUGGCAUGCCAGGCUCGGGGUCUGAUGCGAACAAAACUGAUUUGGAAAUGGAUUAUGAUGAUGAUAGCUUUGUUGAAUCUGAUAUUGAAUUAGACGAAUCUGACACCGUAGCACCUGAUGAUGAUCCUCCGCAAAAGAUGGGAAACCCUUCUAUCGAAGUCACAGAAGAAAAGCAGGACGCCGCACAAAUGGAAAAAUUAAAAGCUGUGAAUGCAAUGUCAGAAGGUAAGCUGGAUGAAGCCAUAGAACACCUAACAGAGGCGAUCAUGUUGAAUCCAGGUUCAGCAAUACUAUAUGCGACUAGAGCUAGCGUCUUUGUCAAAUUGAAGAAGCCAAAUGCUGCUAUUCGUGAUGCAGAGGCAGCUUUACAGAUUAACCCUGACUCAGCAAAAGGAUACAAAGCACGAGGGAUGGCGAGGGCCAUACUGGGUAAGUGGGAGGAAGCAGCCAGUGAUCUGCAUGUAGCUUCAAAUAUAGAUCAUGACGAGGAAAUUAGCAUGGUGCUCAAGAAGGUUGAACCCAAUGCCCGCAAAAUAGAAGAGCAUCGCAGAAAGUAUCAACGCUUGCGUAAAGAGAAGGAGCGAAAAAAGGCUGAACGUGAGCGGCAACGCCAGCGCACUGCUGAAGAGUCGGACGCUUCAACCGCUCUCAAGGAUGGGCAAGUAAUUGGCAUCCACUCUCAUCCUGAACUGGAUUCCAAAUUGAAUGCUGCUUCAAGAACAUCCCGCCUGGCCAUCCUUUACUUCACUGCUACCUGGUGUGGGCCCUGCCGCUUCAUUUCUCCUCUUUUUACUAGCCUAGCCGCAAAAUACCCGAAAGUGGUAUUCCUCAAAGUCGACAUUGAUGAGGCAAGGGAUGUGGCUGCCAGUUGGAAUAUCAGCAACGUCCCUUCUUUCUUCUUCGUGAGAGAUGGCAAAGAGGUCGACAAGCUAGUUGGUGCUGAUAAGGGCGCCCUUGAGAGGAAGAUAGCGCAGCAUGGAGGCUGAUUUUGGGGAUGUGAAAAGUGAGAAACUUGGCCCUGUAACCCGUGUUUGCAACAUGGAAGGUAUACAUACUGGUUUUUGUCCUGCUGUAGGGUGAGAGGUGUGUUGAAUUGUGUGGGUUGGGGUAAAAAUGACAUAUUUGCGACUCAAAAACUGUGUUUGGUGUGGUUUCUUGAGUUAUACAUGCCUAUGGUAUCCUCU